AGGACACAUGUGCGAUCUGAUUGGUGUUCCCAUCAUGGCCAGCCUCGAAGGCUUCAUUCUGUUAGCUCCACAGCAGAAGCUCUGCAGAAUUACCCUGGUGGGCGAAUCAGAGAUGCACCGUGGUCGGUUUCUUCCUGUGUGGAAGGAGUUGGCACUGAAGGCCCUGUCCGCUUCCGAGUCAGGGCAGGCACCGGAUGCGUUGGCUGUCCAGAACGUGACCUUCCUUGGCGUCGGCCAUGGGGAGGUGGUGGACUUUCUGGCUACGGCGCGGCAGCUUGAAGUCUCGGCUUCACCGCAAGAGCAGCGAAUGCAGGAAGCCAUGGAUUUUGCAUUCUUUUCACCGGCCGAAGUACAGCAAGCCCAUGCGAAAAUUGAAAACGCCGGUUGCAUGAGGAAUUGACAAAAACAGGGGGAUCAUCCCAGUAGCCAUGAAACUGUGGAACCUUGGA